GAACACACGGCGAAAAAGAAAAAUAUUUUCAUUCAUUUUGUCCUCCAAUUUUCUUUCUUUGGACGAAACUGUCACAUUGAGACAAGUUUUUGUGGCUCUCCAUGUCUUUCACAUUAACUGUACAACUUUCACAACUUAUCUCCUUUUUUGUGGAGCAUUUGGAAGCUUCAUGGCACGUUCAAGCCUCUCAUGCUGGUGUUCUGCUCCAAUACCCAAAAUAUCCCCCAAAACUCCCUUCUCUUCAUCUCUUUUACCCUUAAAUACUCGUGGGUUUGUUGGAAUUUCACUCCAAAAAUCCAUUUCCAGCUCAAGAGUCCAUGCCAAGUUUGACAAAUUCCAAGGCCAAGAUAAUCUUGAACAAGACUUCACAGAAUCAGCUUCUUUAGACCCACAAUUGCAAACAAUUGAAGAAGAAGAUGACAGUUGUCUGCCUUCUGAUUUGGAGGGUGCCGUUCAGCAGUCGGGCCAAGCAACUGCUUCUUUUGUAUCUUCAGGAGGAAUGAGAGCCAUAGUUGAGCUCUUAAUACCACAGCUUCAAUUUCUUGACGACGAGGGUGCACAAGCUGAAUUAUGGGAACUAUCAAGGAUAUUUGUGGAAACACUUAUUGAGGAGACAGGAUGCCAGAGAGUUAAAGCCAUUUUUCCAGAUGCUGGAGCUGCCGCACUUCUGAAAUAUAGGUGGCAAGAUGCUACAUUUGAAUUCGCCAGUCUAGGUGAUCGGAAGCCAGUCAGCAGGGAAGACGAAAUUGUAGUCAUGGUAGUUCCUGAUUAUCAGAUGCUGGAAUAUGUAGAAAGAAUUGCAUCCGAUCUCUCAGAUGACCCGCCUAGGCCUCUUAUCAUGUGGAAUCCGCGUCUGAUUAGUGAGGAUGUCGGAGUUGGGAUCAAUGUACGUAGGCUGCGGCGCAAUUUUUUAAGCACCUUCACCGUGGCUUACUCGAUGAGACCUCUACCAGAUGGUGCUGUAUUUAGAUGUUAUCCCGGAUUGUGGAAAGUGUUCUAUGAUGAUAAGGACCGACCAAACAGAUAUCUUCUUGCCAAGGAACAGAUCAGCCGUCCAACUACAGAAGAUCUGGAGAUAAUAUAUGGAGGAGUGGAUGAGAAGGGAGAGAAGGGACCCUCACUGUUAGAUCAAGCAGCUGGAAUCUUUUCUUCUAUAAACCGCUUCAUGAAAGUCAUUUCAAGAUAGACCGUGCCUUCACUUUUUAACACACAGGCAUAUGCUGAGCAUUCAACUAAACGACACGAACAAUCAGCACCAGGAUUUGCUUGCCAUGCACUCAUUCUAUCUAUUAUCAUGUUUACAGAUCUUUUGGAAUGGAUUACCAAAGUAUAGGUUAAAUUUACUGUUUUCAUGAUUAGAGAAGUUAUGGUGAAUUUUCAAGGAAAUCUUAUGCUAUUCUUUGUUUUUUCGGUCAAACAAAAAGAUUUGAUCCUUUUAUCAAAUUAAUUUGAUCAA